AUGGGAAAGAAGCAAUUACAGGAGUGCCUGGCUACUUCCUCAGAAAGCGGUUCCAGACAUGUUUUCAAGCUUGGAGUUAUUCAGGAUGUGAGACUAUUAAGUCUGUUUAGAUUUAAAGUUUGGUGGAUGAUACCUAGAGUGGGGAAUUCAGGAAGUGACAUUCUUAUUGAAACCCAGAUGUUGCUGUUGGAAGCAAGGAAAGGACAGGAUUUAGAUAAGUCAAAUGAUUCUCCUUCUUAUAUCUUAUUCUUGCCUUUUCUAGAUGUUGAAUUUCGAAGCAGCUUGCAAGGGAACUCAUCAAAUGAACUUGAGUUUUGUCUUGAAAGCGGUGACCCUGCUAUAGUUACUUCACAAUCCAUAAGAGCAGUUUUUGUGAAUCAUGGGAACCGUCCAUUUGAUCUAGUGAAGGAAUCAAUGAAGUCGAUGCCAGGAAUACUCGAUGUGUUUGGUUGGUGCACCUGGGAUGCUUUUUAUCAGGAAGUAAAUCCUCAAGGAAUAAAAGAUGGCUUAAAAAGGUUCGGUGGGAGGUUAGUCAGCACUGAAGAAAACAACAAAUUUCGGAGAACAGCCAACGAAUCUCUGGGUGAUGCACCAAAUAAUCUAAAACAUUUUGUUGCAGAUAUUAAGAGGACUUUUGGCCUUAAGUACGUCUAUGUAUGGCAUGCCCUAUUGGGAUAUUGGGGAGGCCUUGUUCCCAAUGCUCGUGAAACUAAGAAAUAUAGUCCUAGAUUAACAUACCCACUGCAGUCGCGAGGGAACUUGGCAAAUAUGAGGGAUCUAUCUAUGGAUUGUAUGGAGAAGUAUGGUAAUAGACCAAAUCGAGCUCAACCCAAGUAUGUAGAUCCCCUCAAUUUGACUGCAAUGGCAUGUCCAGCUUUACCACUUUGCCCAUUGGCAAUAACUGAAGCCGAACGGGGAAUUCCUGACAUCUUCAAACGUGUUAGAGCUGUAUUCGAGAAGGUUGGUCUCAAAUACAAUGAAUCUGUGGUAAUAAGGGCGACUGGCUCACCCAAUGGCUGUGCCAGACCUUACAUGGCUGAAGUUGGAUUUGUAGGUGAUGGUCCUAAUAGCUACCAGGUAUACCAAGGGCUGAAUUGA